AUGAUCGAUAUCCAUUCCAAUAUCAGAAGACUUAAGACAACUAUACAACUAACAGCUUUGGAUACAACUACCAACAACGGCUGGAAAGAUCUUAUUCCAAUAGUGAAGGAUAGUACCAACGGGAACGCUAUUAGUGGAGAUACUUCUGAUACCAGCAUAACAGCAAAUAACAGCUAUACGGCGCAAGAUUUGAAAUCACUGUAUUUAUCUAAUACUGUGCCCGUUAUAAAUUUGCCAAUAGAAUACAGGACUUGCAACGACUGCGGUAGACCAAUUGCUUACUCGGCUUUAAUAGAUCAUUUACAGAACCACUGUAGGGGCAGGGUCAGCUCGAAUACCGUUUCCUCUAUUAGUUCUACAAGAGAAAUGUCACCUGCCAAGGUUAAGGCUUUAAAAAGGACCAAUUCUAUAGAUUCAGAUCUGAGUCCGUCUAAGAAGCAACGGAAAUCAUCGACUCCUGCUACUAAAAAACAGAGAAAGGUGAAGCAGAGAAAUCCUACGGAACCUCAUUUGGUUGAUUUAGACAAACAAUGCGGCGUAGAAUUACCGGAAAAUGGAGUUUGUGGAAGAUCUCUAACUUGUAAAUCACAUUCAAUGGGAGCAAAGAGGGCUGUGCAAGGUAGAACAAAGUCAUUUGAUGUUUUACUUGCUGAAUAUCAGAAAAAGAACCAUAUUAAGAGUGCUACGAAAGGUAACCGCUCAAAAGUACAACCAAAUAACCAGCAACAACAACAACUUCAAAAACAGAAACAACAAGAGAAAGAAUUAGAAGAAAGUGUACCGGUACUCUCUCCAGAAGAAGAGACAACCCAAGUUUUAAAUGGCGUGUCAAGAUCCUUCCCGUUACCCCUAGAAACAAAUGUAUUGACGUCCACUCAAACAAGGACCAAAUACUUCAGAAUGAGAGAAAUGUUUGCCUCAUCGUUUUCGGUAAGGCCUGGAUACAGUGCUCCAGGAUAUGGUGCUAUUCAUUCGCGUGUUGGAUGUAUAGAUCUUGACAGAACUACUGAUUAUACUUUCCGUAUUCGUGUUCCGCAGUUGAUUAGCCAGUCAUCCCUGCAAAAUUCAACCCCUCAACAGCUCCAAGCAAUUCAACAACACUUAUUAAAACAGCAACAACAACAACCACAACAAAUACAACAGCUUCCACCGGGACAACCCCAACAGCAACUGCAUCAACAGACGCCCUCACAACCGCAACUAUUACCUCAACAGUCCCAACAACUAGAACUGCUGGCACAGGGCUCCAAACCUCUUACCGGCCAAGGAAAAACUGCUCCAUACCAGCAACCUAAAAAGACGAAUUUAGCUAACGGAAUUGAGAAUCAAAAGCAGUUACCGACCGACAGACCAAUGACCCCCAGUGAUGUACAAACCCAACAGCUAUUAAUGCAACAACAACAACAACAUGCGAACCAUUCCUUGCAACCAUCAAAACAGCAAUCACAGCCACAGCCACCACAUUCAACACCGCAACAGCAGUCGCAGCCAUUAUCACAAAUACAAACAGAACAAAAAUCGCCUCAAAAACAACAAUCAAAAUCACAAACACAAACACAGCAGCAACAACCGAAACAAGAACAGCAGCAACGACAGAAGUUACAACAGAGGAGGAAGUUGGAAGAUGCAAGCGCUCAGCUUAACACCGCUUCAAGAUUAAUACAAGGUACUCCACUACCUGUGAAUGGCAACAGCGUAGUAAAUAGCAGCGGCAUUGGUUCUCCAGUUAAUGUUACUAGCCAGGGGCGAGUUAAUGUUGGAUGGAAUGGUGGUUAUGAUAGCAGAUUUGACUAG